UCUGGUGUAAACUGUUUUUAAGAAUUCGCCAAUUUUCACUGAUUUUUAUCAUUUAGUGAACUCAUGACAAUAAUCUUCUCAACGUUAGGAAUUUGUUUUCCAAUACGUCAGUUCAUUUGUAAACAGUCCCUUUUAACAGUAUGAAAGAUUUUGCAAAAUCAAGCUUAGAACAGUUGCCUGAAGUAAGUGGCUACAUUUACACAAGUGAGUCUAAACUUUGGAUGGGUAGUAUAUGUCGGUGUUGAGCUGCACCACUUUACUCUUGCUUGACAUAGGAACUUAUAUAUACCGAAACGUCCCGUCAUAGUAUAAUAAAGGCGUUGCCAUCCAAUAAAGUAUCAUAACUUUCUUGUUAUUCAUCAACUUCUAAAGUGCCAUUCAAACAUCUCACAUACUCCUUCCGUCUGCACCGCGACAGUGUAGAUCUACACAGCCCGCAGUUUUCCUUGUGGUCAAGUAAAGUCUUUUUCAUCCAUCACUUGUUACAUAUACCGUUGUAUUUCUGUAAUCAUCUGUUAUUGUGAAUAUUCCCUUCCUGUCUGGAAAGUACAUUGUCGAUUACUUGAUUAUUAUUUUGUCGACACACAGACUUAGAACUACAAACUGUGUUUCAGAUUUACAGCAGCCUUAGAGUAGGCGUUUGAAUCUAUUCCAUAUUAAACUUUUGAACGACAGUGGACAUACUUCUUUCUCGUUAACUGUUUGCCAGAAUCUUUCAAAGUCGAUCCCGGCAUGUACUUUAAUAUUUCACACUCGCUCUAGUUUCGUUUCCUGUUUAUGUCAUUUUCACAUAUUUCGCAAUGAUUCUUGGGAAAUAAAAAUGGCUGCGCCCAUAGCCGAGGCAUGAUCUAUUUCCAUUUGAGGACAUCCUAACAAUGAGCAGUGAGAUCAUGAAACACACAUCCUGAUCUCGGGGAGUCAGCAAUGUCUUGCCUGGACCAGCAAGAGGAGGAGCUGGAGGUGCUUCACUCUAUAUAUGAUGGCGAUGGGAAGUUUAAGCAGAUCAGCCCAACCUGCUUCCAGUAUAAGUAUGGUGAGGACGGUGAGCAUCAGUCGUUCCUGGUGGAGAUAUCCUGGGGAGACAGCUACCCAGAAGUGGCCCCCACAGUCAACCUUGACCUCUUCUACAAUAAACACAUACUUGAUGCUGUGAAGGAGAAAGUACGAAGUGGGAUCCUGGAGGAGGUGGAAAAUCUCUUGAGUUCCCCAAUGACGUUCUCACUGUUUGAGUGGGUGAAGGACAACCUAACUUCUCUUCUUGAAGAACAGCCCCAGUCUGCUCCAGUCAGCCAGGCUGAAUGCAAGACUGAUACAGUGAUAGAAGAGGAUAGUUCCCCCGAGAAGAAGAAAGAGAAGAAAGAACAGAUGACAAAAGCCCAGAAGAGGAGGUACUCCGACAAGUAUGGCUCAAACACGGACCGUCCUAGGGGCUGGGACUGGGUGGACGUAGUGAAGCAUCUCAGUCAAACUGGGAGUCAGCAACCGAAGGCUGAUUCAUGACCUUAAGGGGCUUAGUACAGGCCCUCCUGGGGCAGGGUGGGUAAACAGGCACCCAGUUGGAUAUGGGUUAACACAGGCACUCCUGGGGCAGGAUGGGUAAACAGGCACCCAGUUGGAUAUGGGUUAACACAGGCCCUCCUGGGGCAGGGUGGGUAAACAGGCACCCAGUUGGAUAUGGGUUAACACAGGCCCUCCUGGGGCAGGGUGGGUAAACAGUUACUCUGUUGGAUAUGGGUUAACACAGGCACUCCUGGGGCAGGGUGGGUAAACAGGCACCCAGUUGGAUAUGGGUUAACACAGGCACUCCUGGGGCAGGGUGGGUAAACAGGCACCCAGUUGGAUAUGGGUUAACACAGGCACUCCUGGGGCAGGGUGGGUAAACAGGCACCCAGUUGGAUAUGGGUUAACACUGACACUCCUGGGGCAGGGUGGGUAAACAGG